GUGCGAGGAUAAGACUCUUGGUCGGUAGCCGCGCUUGAGUGAGUGGUGUUUUCCCUCUCUUUUUCCUUGUUCCCUAAACAGAAAGAGAUUGCUUGCAUAGAUAUAAGGCCUGAUCCAUAUUAUUAUUGUCCUCUUAGACAUGGUAGAUGCAGUCCCGUGACAGUAACAAAGCCUUGCAAUAGUGGGCUGCACGACCUUCACCACCAACAGUCAACCUCAUAAAUUUGAGUCAUUUGACACGCAUGAUACGAUAAACGUAACUCAACUUCCUAAAUUAGACGAAGAGCAAAGAUUAUUUGGUUCGCAACUCCCAAGAAUUAGUUCAUGCACAUCCGGUUACAGUUUUCGGGAGGUACGUGGCGUCUUAUUGUGGAUUCCUUGUUCCUAAAACGUUUCGCCGCUGUUAUGCGUCUCUUUCUUUCCUAACGUCCUCCCCACCUGCGUCGGGUCCCCUCCCUCCAUAGACCGGCCGAUUAAAGGCAAGAAACACGAGGUCCUAGAAUCCCGCUACGAGUCGACCUUGCCUCAUUUUUAGUAUUGUAGUCUUGUAGAGCAACUGCAAGCGAUCCCUCUGCUACUCCAGAUUCCCUUUUCUUCCCGUCUUUCCUCGUCAUGGAACAAGAUGGAGACGAGGAGAUUGAGGCGAUGAAGGCCGUCUAUGGUUCCGAUUGCAGCGUCAUCCAGGAGAUCCCUCCGCACAUACGCUUGCACAUCAAGCCACGCACAGCGGACGAUAUAUCGCAGCAGUUUGUGGAAGCUGUGCUUGAGAUUCGGGCUAAUGCUGAGUAUCCAAUGGAACCUCCUACUGUAGAUAUAGUGGACUCAAAGGGACUUGAUGGCAAUCGACAAGAAGAUCUUGUCAAAAAUGUUAAAUUAAAAGCCAAAGAGCUCACUUCGUACCCAAUGCUUGUGGCUCUUUGCGAGGAAGCAAUUGAGACUCUUUCUGGCAUGAACCAUCCAGAUGGCAAUUGUCCACUCUGCCUCUAUACCUUGCACCAGGGAGGUGAUGAGAGCCCCUUUUUGCCAUUUAUGAAGCUAAUGUCUUGUUUUCACUGUUUCCACAGUGAAUGCAUCAUUAGGUGGUGGAAGUGGCUCCAGCACGAGAGACAGACUGCAGAUUCAGAUGAUGGCAGUGGAAUGGCAGAUCAAACAUCUGGGAGCAACAACCGUCUUCUAGCUAAUUGCCCAGUCUGCCGCAAAGAUUUCCAUGCAAAGGAUAUCGAGCAUGUUCUUGACAUGCUCAAACCUGGUUCAUCUGAAUUGAUCGAUGAAGAAGCAGAUGUAAUUGACAAGGAGAUUCUCUCUUCUGAGUUUGAAAAUCUUCGAAGGAAGAAGUAUGAGGCUGCUCUAGAAAGACAGAGAGAAAAUGGCGGAUUUAUAGAACCAAAGAAAGUGGAGACUUUGUUACCGGGAAUGUUCCUUCCCCACCUUAUUGCUUCGCCUAGUUUGGCUGCAAAGGCCGAUGUUUUAGAAGACCAACCAUCUGAUAACGGCAGCGAAAACGUCAGCAGGGAGACGGCGACUAGUAACAGCGAAAACGUCAGCAGGGAGACGGCAUCUAGUAAUGUUCCAAACAACGCGGGCACCAGUGAGCACCGGAAUAUGGGAACGAGGAAGAACAGAGCUUACAACCAGAGAAAACAUUGGAACUCGCAACCGAGUAGGAAACAAUGGAUAAAGAAGGAUACUGCAUGAUUUGCAGUUUUGGUAUAUGUUGGCGCUUUUUAUUCAUCGUCCCAUUUGGCUGAUGCAUAUACGCAAUUAGGUUAGGAAGCCGUAAGCAUAGCCAAAAGUGCUUUGACUGGUUUCCAAUGUUUGUUAAAUAUGAGUUCUUGCGGACUAUAACGGUAGGAAUUUUAUGUAUAAAAAGAAUUGUUUUCGUUUGCUAUGAAAUUGUAUGGCUUUGGCGCA